UGAGCCGGUGAGCUCAUGGCAAAGGCGCCCAGCAGGGCGGGGGUGGGUGCCCUGGUCUAUAAAGCCCCCGUGGCUCUUUGGCCUGCAGAAGCGGGUAUGGACAGCACCAUGGCGGGCUCCGAGGCGCUACAGAGCGCCACAGCGCUUAUUGAGGAGCGGCUGGCACAGGAGGAGGAGAAUGAGAAACUCCGAGGAACCGCCCACCAGCAGCUGCCCAUGGACAUGCUGGUGCUGGAGGAUGAGAAGCACCACGGGGCUGCGAAUCUGGCCCUACAAAAGGUUAAGGGCCAGGAGCGUGUGCGCAAGACAUCCUUAGACCUGCGACGGGAGAUCAUCGAGGUGGGUGGGAUCCAGAACCUCAUCGAGCUGCGGAAAAAGCGGAAGCAGAAGAAGCGAGCUGCCCUGGUCGCCCAGGAGCCGCCUCCGGAGCCCGAGGAGAUCACUGGCCCUGUGGAGGAGGAGACGUUCCUGAAAGCUGCCGUGGAAGGGAAAAUGAAGGUCAUUGAGAAGUUUCUGGCCGAUGGGGGCUCCCCGGACACCUGCGAUCAGUUCCGCAGGACAGCACUACACCGAGCUUCCCUGGAGGGCCACAUGGAGAUCCUGGAGAAGCUGCUGGAGAGCGGGGCCACUGUGGACUUUCAGGAUCGGCUGGAUUGCACAGCCAUGCAUUGGGCCUGCCGCGGGGGGCGCUUGGAGGUGGUGAAACUCCUGCAAAGCCGAGGAGCAGACACCAAUAUGAGAGAUAAGUUGCUGAGCACCCCCCUGCACGUGGCGGUUCGCACAGGGCACGUGGAGAUCGUGGAGCACUUCCUGUCCCUGGGCCAGGACAUCAAUGCCAAAGACAGAGAGGGGGACAGUGCCCUGCACGACGCCGUGAGGCUCAACCGCUACAAAAUCAUCAAACUGCUGCUCCUGCACGGGGCUGACAUGAUGGCCACGAACCUGGCUGGAAAGACUCCCACGGAUCUGGUGAAGCUGUGGCAAGCUGACACCCGGAAUGCUCUGGAGCACCCUGAGCCGGGGUCAGAGCAGGACGGGCUGGAGGGGGCUGCUGAGAGUGGGCGGGAGACCCCCCCAGUCUGUGCCAGCCCAGUAAACGCCUGAACGGCCCCCAGACCUGAGCCAUUCCUCUGCGGAAGACCCAGGGGCACCCACAAGCCCCCGAAAUAAAAAUGUCAUUUUGCUACG